AUGGCUCCCCUGUCCAGGAACAGAACCAAAAGAACCAUCUACACCAGUCUUGCCAUAGUAUUUCUACUUUUAGUUGGUGGGAGGUUCUUGUUGUCGCAUACACUGAAAAAUGGUGGUAAAAACUUACAGGAGGUUUUGGCCAACUUGCCAAAUGAAAGUGUUUUGGGGAUUCUGAAUAUGAUCUUUAAUGAGAAUGAGAAACAACAAGAUGAGUUGUUGAACAAACUCAAUAAAUUACAGAAGGAAAAUAUGGAAAAGCAAAUGGAGCUAUUAAAGCAAAUCCAAGCUAAACAAGAUUAUAUUAUCGACCAGUUGCAGGUCAUGAAGAAGCCUAGUGACGACUUAUCUUUAAGAGAUAAGUUAUCAUUUUUAUUCCCAUAUGACCCUAAGCUGAAGUUCCCUGCUUAUAUAUGGCAAUCAUGGAAACAUGGAUUGAAUGAUGAGAGAUUCGAUGAGAAGUAUAGACAAGGUGAAACCCAAUGGGCUUGGAAAAAUCCAGGUUUUGUCCAUGAGUUAUUCAAUGAUGAUACCUCUCAUACAAUUAUUAGACAUUUGUAUAACAAGAUUCCUGAAAUUAUUGAAGCAUAUGACGCACUUCCUGAAUUGAUUCUUAAAAUGGACUUUUUCAGGUACUUGAUCUUAUAUGCUAAAGGUGGUGUUUAUGCUGAUAUUGAUACUCACCCUUUACAACCUGUUCCUAAUUGGAUUCCUGAUAAUGUGUCGCCUAAUGAAAUUGGAAUGAUUAUUGCCAUUGAAAGCGAAAUGGAUACUGCUGAUUGGAAGGAAGAAAACCAUAGAAGAUUACAAUUUGGUCAAUUUGUUAUUCAAGCAAAACCAGGACAUCCGAUUUUACGUGAAGUGAUUGCACAAAUCACUACCAAUACAUUGAAUGCAAAGAAAAAUCUUGAAACCAGUAGCUCUAGAUUAGAGUUAUUAGGCUCUCCAUCUCAAAAAUCUCUUGAAAUAUUGAAAUGGACUGGUGCCGGGAUUUGGACCGAUGUUAUCAUGAGAUAUUUCAACGAUUAUUUACAAAGUUCCAUUUUCCAAAAGGUCACUUGGAAGGACUUUUAUGGUAUGACUAUUCCUCGAUUAGUAAGUGAUGUUUUACUCUUACCUAAAGCCAGUUUUGCUUCGGAGAUUGAAAUCCCCAAGGAUGGGAAGAUCUCUGAUCCAUUAGCCUUUGUCAAGCAUCAUGCUGCAAAGAUCUGGAAAUCCAAUUAG